AUGUUGCUUGGCUUGACAGCCAGCCGACGAGUGCUCUCUCAUGGGCACUGCAUGCUGCACCGUCGGAACAUUAAAUCAGAAACGACCGCCAGAAGUGCUGCUGUGGACAGUGUGCUCUUAAAAUUCAGGUCUAUAUGUGGUGAAGACGGCGUCUCAUUGAGUGACGCUGUCAGAGAGCAGCACGGCAAAGAUGAGUCUGUGCACAGAUGUCGUCCCCCAGAUGUGGUGGUGUUUCCUCGAUCUGUGGAGGAGGUCAGCGCCCUGGCUAAGGUCUGCCACAGCCACAAACUUCCCAUCAUCCCCUUUGGCACUGGAACUGGCCUGGAAGGAGGGGUUGGAGCGGUUAAGGGGGGUGUGUGUUUCAGUCUGAGGAACAUGGACCAGGUUCUGGAUCUUCACCAGGAAGACUUCGACGUGACGGUGGAGCCUGGUGUGACACGGAAGGCCCUCAAUGCCUACCUACGUGGCACCGGCCUUUGGUUUCCUGUCGAUCCUGGGGCUGAUGCGUCUCUGUGUGGUAUGGCUGCAACCAGUGCUUCUGGAACAAAUGCAGUGCGUUAUGGAACGAUGAGGGAGAACGUUUUAAACCUGGAGGUCGUGCUGCCUGAUGGGACCAUCAUACACACAGCAGGGAAGGGCCGGCGUCCCAGGAAGACAUCAGCUGGCUACAAUCUGACAAAUCUGUUUGUUGGGUCAGAGGGAACUCUGGGGAUUAUCACCAAGACGACGCUACGCCUGUAUGGCAUCCCUGAAGCCAUGGUGUCGGCUGUCUGCUCUUUCCCCUCCAUCCAGUCUGCUGUGGACAGCACAGUGCAGGUUCUACAGGCAGGAGUUCCCAUCGCUCGUAUUGAGUUUCUGGAUGAUGUGAUGAUUGAUGCGUGUAACAGGUUCAGCUCUCUAUCCUACCCCGUGACCCCGACUCUGUUCCUGGAGUUCCACGGCUCAGAGCGAAGCCUCGAGGAGCAGGUCAACACAACCGAGGAAAUCACUCAGAGUAACGGUGGGGCAGAUUUUCAGUGGGCUACAGAUGCAGAAACACGGAACCGCUUGUGGAAAGCUCGUCAUGACGCCUGGUACGCUGCCAUGGCUCUCAGACCUGGCUGCAAGGCCUAUGCUACAGAUGUGUGUGUCCCUCUGUCACGACUGCCUCAAAUCAUAGUGGAGACUAAGGAGGACCUGAUUGAAAACAAACUCACAGGUCCCAUAGCAGGCCAUGUGGGUGAUGGUAACUUCCACUGUCUGAUGGUGGUUGACCCCAAUGACCCAGAGGAGCAGCACAGGGUGCACCUGUUCACUGAGAGACUGGCCAGGCGAGCUCUGGCCAUGGAUGGUACAUGUACAGGGGAGCACGGCGUGGGCUUAGGGAAGAGGACUCUGCUGUGCGAGGAGAUGGGACCCAUGGCUAUGCGGGUCAUGCAGGGACUCAAGGACGCCCUCGACCCAAAGAACCUGAUGAAUCCUGGGAAAAUUCUGCAGCCAAUAGAACUAUGAACUGUUGUUAUGUCUAAAGGGAAAGUUAGUAACUCAACACUCAGUAACAUGAUGUGCUCUCUUCUCUCUCUGCACGUUCAUGAUAUAUUUUGAUUCAAAUCAAAUCAUUGUGUUGAAUCUGAAUCUUAGUUUUGUCUCUUUACUUGUGUUUGCACACGUUCAUCACUGAUUAUUUCUUUUUUUUAAUGACAAAUAAAAAACCUUUAUCUAAUUGACCUCUAUUCAUGUUUUUAAUCAUCAUAACAUGAAUAUCUAUGUUGCUUUAACGGCUUCAACACAAGCACGUUGACAUACUCAAAGUUGAAACAAUUGUGAUGUGACUGAAAAUAAAAAUGAUCAUUAGUUCCUG